AGAGUCUCGCUGCAACACAGAUUCAGUGGUGCUAUGACUGGAGGUGGAUUCUGGAUAAACAUUUAAACUGUAGAUCUGUUCUACUCGAGCGUUAGAAGAAAGCUACUGAAGAAAAAAACGAUGUACAACAGCGGGUAUAACGGAGGCUAUUCAAAAGCCAAACUGGAAUGGUCAGCCAAGAAAAUGCACAGACCAGAGGAAAAGGGUUGCGGUUACUACAUGAAGAUCAUCUUCUUCUUUUCUUCACUGAUCCAGUCUCUCAUCAUUGUCAGUCUGGUGCUCUUUUUGGUUUACGGACAGCCGGAGCAGAAAAUAGAGGAGAAGAGGGUCCAGGAUUUGGAGCAGAGUUAUAAUAAGCUAAAUCUGGAAAAAAUGUCUCUUCAAGACAAAGUGAAGAACCUCACCAGACACCUGAAUAUCACGAUUACGGCAAAGAAGGCUGCUGAUAAAGAAUUGAACACGUUACGUGACCUGGCCAAAAAUUCCAGCGUUAGUAUAAGUUCCUUGCAAAACAAAUGGCAACUGUGUCAAACCGAGACGAACAAAAGGACAGUCAUGAAUCCCAUUUGUCCCCCAUUCCAUUACGGCGAAAGCCGAAGCUGUGUGUACGGCCUUCAGAAAUCUGAAGAAAUGCUGAAACUUGUCCAGGCGAACUUCACCGAACAAAUGACUACGAUGAGAAUUAAAAUCGAAAACGGCAAUAAAGACAAACUUUUAUAUCAACUGGAAGCGAUCGGGCUGCGACGAGACAAAGCCUCCCUUCAAGAAAGGAUCGAAAAGUAUGAGAAAUCGUGUAAGGAGGAUUUUGUUCAUUCUUUGCAAGGAAUCCCGAACGUAACCAGGGAGUUUCUUAAAAAGGUUGAUGAUUUAUUCAUGAAGCACGAAUCCUUCCAGCUCACGUGUGACAAACAAAGCACGAAGCUUGAAGACAUUCGUGUAAACUGCAGCAGCCUGUCCAGAGAGGUAGAGAACAAGCUUCAGGCAUAUCUGGACAAAGUGGGGAGUCAAGUCACGGCUAUUCUAGGCGCGAACGCCAAAUACCAAACAGAAAACAAACGACUGUCAGAGGAUGCCACGUGGUGCAAGGGGAACCUCAGUGCAACUGUUGAGGAGAAACAAAGGACUCUCAUGCAAACCCAGCUGAAGCAUGAUGAAGAAAAGGAGAGGCUCCUGCUGCAGGUCAGACAGCUGACCGAAAAUGGCAAACUUAAUGAAAAUCUACUGUCUGUGAAAGAAAUCGACAUUAAAAUUCUUAACGAGAAGGUCAAUGGCCUCAACAUGUCAUUGACCACUUGUAAGGCAUCACAAAGAAAUCUCGGACAAUUUUCUACGGGAAGGUCCAACUCUUGGGUCUUGGGUUCUGCCGGGUCACAGGUGAACGGACUUGGUAGCAUUGGACAAAGUACAGCAGGACUGAGCAAUGCAGGUUCAAGCGGUACGAGUCCACUGGGUCGUACAGGUUUGGUUGUACCAGGGGUUAACAACGCAGGGUCGAGUGGAACAUCCGGCAUCAGAACAUCGCCAUUUGGAGCGGGAACCAGUGUAUCUGACAACCAGUUUUCAGCACAAAUCACUCAACACUUGCGAGAGCUUCAACGUUAUGCGAAAACAGACUAAAGGGUCCAACAUCCAGUGCAAAGAUCCAGAUGUAUACAGAAUAGAUGUAUGUAGAUACAGAUGAAAUAGAUGCGGACAGGAGGAGAUGAUGAAUUUUCUAUAACAGCGGCUCUGACAGUACAGUACAGUACAGUAGAGCUGCUACAGAACAAACAACAGGUUUAUAUUAACACAGUGUCCUUUCUAUAGUAAAAACUCAUUCUAUAAACAGGGAACGUCAAAUAAUCUAUAUAAUAAUCCUGAGAAAAACAUUGAAGUAUUGUAUAUUAUAUAUUGUAUUAUAUAUCUUUCAUGGAAGAAGUCUCAGGUUUCCAGAGCUUUUCAGAGCAAGUUUCCGCCACAGGAGAGUCUUCAGGACAGACCGAGCAAACUCAUGAUUUCUGGUUUCUUGUGAAAUACAAACUAUAUUUUUUUAUGACAUUAUAUUUUAUUUCGGUUGGGAAACAACUGUUUAUAGCUGUGAUAAUGUACAUGAUAACCAAGAACGAAUCAGCUCAACAACAUAAAUGUGACUAUAUACAGAUCGAAAACUCUACUUGAUGUUUGAUAAUAACGUGGUGUAAAAGGGACAGAACACUUCUGGUUUUAAUGAACUAUUAAGGUCAGUAUUUAAGUAAUACAAGUAUACAUGCAAUAUUAUAAGUAAGUCAUUUGUUUUAUUCGUUAUCUUGUACUUACUCUUUUAAAAAAAACACCAGUAAUAAAAAGCACAAAUGAAAACACA